AGAUCUGCAUAUGCUGGCGCUGACAACACGUGCUCGGGUCCUCUUUUCCUUCCUUUUCAACAAGAUUCCCUUGCAGCAACAACAACUUUGCUUCUCUUGUUAUCUUCUCGUAUAUCUUUCUUGUUUGGCUUUCCGUUAUGAGUCAUGCACCACACCAAGAUGGUUCAGGUCUAGAGCAGCAGGUUGCUGCUUUGGAUUUGAAUGGCCGCUCAGGAGGUUCCGGUAACUCGGCACAGACCAGAUCAUCUUAUGUGCCGCCACACCUCCGAGGAUCUGGACCCAGUGCAGGACAAGGGGGCCAAGGUGGCCAAGGUGCCCAAGCGGGCGGUUACAGCUCAGGCCAGAGGAGCGGUGGAAACUACUCUUCACGCGGAGGGGGCUCAGGAUCGUAUAUGCCAUCACAUGCACGGGGAUCUGGAGGCCAAGGUGGCGGUUAUAGCUCCGGCCAGAGAAGCGGUGGCAACUACUCUUCACGAGGAGGAGGUUCAUAUAUGUCAUCAAAUGCCCGUGGAUCUGGAGGACAAGGUGGCCAGUCUGGCGGAUAUGGCUCAGGCCAGAGGGGAGGUGGCAACUACUCCUCAUAUCGCGACAUUGACUUCAACUCUUCCAGUGCUGAGGACUGGACAAAGCCUCUUCCCGCUGACAAGCGCUUGGAGAAGGAGCUGUAUGGAGACAUCCGCAGUGGAAUCAACUUUGACAAGUAUGAGGAUAUUCCCGUUGAAGCCACUGGUCGCGAAGCUCCAGCCCAUAUCAGUGAGUUCGCGGAGUCUGAUUUGUGCGAGAUAAUCUGCAACUGCAUCAAGCUAUGCAAUUACACCAAGCCAACGCCCGUUCAGAAGUACGCCAUCUCUAUCAUUGGCAACAAGCGUGAUCUGAUGGCCUGUGCCCAGACCGGUUCUGGAAAGACUGCUGCUUUCCUUGUGCCUGUUUUGGACCAGCUUUACAAAGGCGGCCCACCGCCUCCUCCGGAGUCUUCUGGUCAUAGCUACAACUCUCGUCGCAAACAGCAUCCUCUCGCUUUGGUCCUGGCUCCUACUCGUGAGCUGGCCGUCCAGAUCUAUGAUGAAGCUCGCAAAUUCUCAUACCGUUCACGUGUGCGCCCAUGUGUGUGCUACGGUGGUGCUGACAUCAGCUCCCAAAUUCAGAACAUUGACCGUGGUUGCCACUUGCUCGUCGCUACACCUGGUCGUCUUGUUGAUCUGAUCGAGCGUGGUAGAAUCUCCUUGGAUCAGAUUCGCUUCUGCAUCCUGGACGAGGCUGACCGUAUGCUCGACAUGGGUUUCGAGCCCCAGAUCCGACGCAUAGUGCAGCAAGAGCAUAUGCCCCCACCAGGCAAACGCCAAACUCUCAUGUUCAGCGCUACGUUCCCCAAGGAGAUUCAGAUGCUCGCCAGAGACUUCUUGAACGAUUACAUCUUCUUGGCUGUUGGACGCGUUGGAUCGACGAGCGAGAACAUUACGCAGAAGGUUGUCUGGGUCGAUGAGAACGACAAGCGCUCCUUCUUGCUUGAUCUGAUCAAUGCUUCAGGUCGGGGUGCCCUGACUCUGGUAUUUGUUGAGACCAAGAAAGGAGCUGAUGCGCUCGAGUACUACUUGACCUCGGAAGGCUACCCUGCCACAUCCAUCCACGGUGAUCGGUCACAGCGUGAGCGUGAAUUUGCCCUGAAAUCAUUCCGCAAUGGUCACACACCUAUCCUUGUUGCCACUGCGGUUGCUGCUCGUGGUCUUGACAUUCCAAACGUCAAGCAUGUUGUCAACUUUGACCUUCCCAGUGACAUUGAGGAGUAUGUGCACCGUAUUGGCCGUACUGGACGUGUAGGAAACUUGGGUCUUGCUACCUCUUUCUUCAAUGACAAGAACCGCAACGUUGCUCGUGACUUGGUUGACUUGCUGAGUGAGGCCAAGCAGGAGGUUCCCGGCUGGCUCGAGUCGAUGGGCUAUGAGUCUGCCCGGUCCGGUGGUGGACGCCGUGGAAACCGAAGCAGAGGACAUGGUGGCUUUGGCGGACGCGACUUCCGGCAGGGAUAUUAUGGUAAUCCGAGUGGCCAGUCAUCACAUGCAGGCGGUGGUGCUGGCAGCUCCGGCUCGGCUUACUACAAUGCACCCGCUGGGGGGUAUGGCUCGCAAACGUACGGCGCUGGUGCCUCCUUCCAGCAGCAACCCGCUGGCUACUCCGUGCCAUACAGCGGAGGCGGCGGCGCUGGCUAUGCUGGUCAGCAGCAGCAGCAGCAACAGCAGACACACCGUGCUGCACAUCAGAAUGCAGGUGGAGUGGACUGGUGGGGCCAGUAAGAAUCUCCAGAUUAUCAUACACUCUUGCUGCCUAGUUCACACCCACUUAGUCUUUCCUCCUCCUCCUCCUACUCCUUUAUCCUCUCCUCUUAGAUCACUCAAGCAUUAUUUCAAUUUAUUUGCCUAGCUUUUCUUUCUUUUUGGUUUGUUCUUCUGGUUUCGUCUCAGUUCUUGAUUGGGUUCGGACAUCACUUUAACCUUUCCGUGAUUACUUUCUUUGCUUUGAAAAUCAUCCAGGACUAGAAUUGACCAGCAGCCGACUGGCAGUUGGGCAGGGCCCCUUAGUGUUUAGUUUGCGUGUGCCGCGAACGCCUUUCUCUUAGUUUUAUUGAAGUGAGCUGGUUCUCAACCGAUCAACUAAAACUGGGCGAGUGUGAAGUUCGCCUACAUAGCAUGUCAAUGUGUUACAUGCUGUCGUCCCGUUUACUUGCUCCAUCUGCUCUCUUCUUUGUUUUCUCUCUGCUCUUCUGUGGUCGGAACGUGCUAAUACUGAGCAGCGUUCUAGACUUUUCAGAGACGCAAAUUCUAGUUCGUCAUACAUGUAUUUGCCUCCCUGUUGUUUUUCCUGCGUCCUUCCGCGUGACUGGCUACUUCUGUAUGAUUUUUACAAUAGUAUCUGGGCCUAACUGUGUGUUGGCUGAGUUUGGUCAAACUGACUUUCUUAGGUUUGACUCGGUAUGUAAUCUUUGGCGGGUGUCGGAACGACUAGCUUGGUUUCUUUCACUUUUUCUCUUCCCCUUUCAUCACAUACUACUCUUCUUCUGCUUAUCUCUCUUUCUUCCGUCUUCUCACUUUCUUUUGGGCCUGCAUGGUGGCGAAGAUAUCUUUAGUUCGUUGCUAGUGGGGAUUAUUUUAACUUUAAAUACGUCCCAAUCCAA